AUGGCAGAGAUAGAUGAAGCUGUGACAAGAAUGCUAUUUGAAAGCUAUGGUGUGGAGAAGUACCAUGACAAUCACUUCCGAUUGACUUUUCACAAUCUCCAGCUUAUAAAAUACAAAGUACCCGAGAAACUUGGAGGUGACGUGGGUUUAUGCAGUCAUACAGACAAGACCUUUUCCACCAUCCUCCAUCAGAAUCAUGUCAGUGGCCCGGAGAUCAAUACAAAGAAUGAUGAGUGGGUAGCUUUUGAUCCUCUACCUUCCUCAGUGGUAUCCAUAGCAGGUGAUGCAUUUAAGUCUUUACAUUGCAACAAGUAUGGGCACGAUCCAAAUUGA